UACUAUACAGUUCGCCUUUGUACUAUACAGUCCGCCUUGCACGUUGAUUUUGCUCUGGAGGCGCCUUAGAACUCGCAUCUCCCUUUGGAUUGAAGGCCAGCGUGACGAUUGCGAGCUCCGAAUCUUCUGCCAGCCCAGCGCGCAUCGCACGCGACGCCACCGACACCUCUCACGCCCGCCGCCGGACCCUUGAGAGAGCUGCAGGCACAGCAAAGGUCGCGUGCCUAGUGGCGAGUAGGAGCAGCAAGCAGGAAGCGCGAACAGGGAGCGCGCAGAGCAGAGCAACAGGAAAACGAGCCCAGACGCACACACACACACACACACACACACACACACACCCGCCGCCACCAUGAGCAUAGGCGGCAGCGACCUCGACAAGGCCAUCCAGCAGCUGCGCGCCUGUCGCCCCAUCCCGGAGAACCAGGUCCGCGAGCUGUGCUACAAGGCGCGCGAGCUGCUGAUCGAGGAGGGCAAUGUCGUCGGAGUGGAUGCGCCCGUGACAAUAUGCGGCGACAUCCACGGCCAGUUCCACGACCUCAUGGAGCUGUUCCGCGUCGGUGGUGAUGUGCCGGACACAAACUACCUGUUCAUGGGCGACUUCGUCGACCGCGGCUUCUACUCGCUCGAAUCCUUCCUCCUCCUCCUCUGCCUCAAAGUCCGCUACCCCGACCGCAUAACGCUGAUCCGCGGCAACCACGAGUCGCGGCAGAUCACCACCGUCUACGGUUUCUACGACGAGUGUCUGCGCAAAUACGGCAGCGCAAACGUCUGGCGCUACUGCUGCGAGGUCUUCGACUACCUCGCCCUCGGCGCCCUCGUCACCGGCGCAGCAACCUCGCUCCAACCCACCGACGGCCCCAUCGCCUCCAACAGCAACAUCGACUCCAUCCCCGACCUGGACCAGGACAUCGAGAUCGAGACGCUGAACGCGGCAGGCGAGAUCAUGUAUCGCUAUGCGAGAAACUCCGACUCCCAAUCUUCCGUGUCGGCGACCAGCGCAAACAUCGGCUCAUCCAGUCCCGUCGCUCCACCAACACCCACCAACGUCGGCGCUCCCGGCACAGGCGCCUCGUCCUCCGCCAAUGGCUCGAGCCGCAACGACACCGGCGCCAUCCUGUGCGUGCACGGCGGCCUCUCGCCCCUGAUCGACAGCAUCGAUAAAAUCCGGCUCCUCGACCGCAAGCAAGAAGUCCCCCACGAAGGCGCCAUGUGCGACCUUCUCUGGUCUGACCCGGACGAAAUCGACGGGUGGGGCCUGUCGCCGCGGGGUGCCGGCUUCCUGUUCGGCGCAGAUAUAGUAAAGUGCUUCAACCACAAGAACGAUCUUUCUUUGAUAGCGAGAGCGCAUCAGCUCGUUAUGGAAGGCUUCAAGGAAAUGUUCGAUUCCACCAUCGUCACCGUCUGGAGCGCGCCAAACUACUGCUACCGCUGCGGCAACGUGGCUGCGAUCCUCGAGCUGGGUGAGGACGGGAGCAACGCCGGGUUCCAGCGGCGCAGCAACGGCGACAGAGGGGGCGGCGGCGGCGGGUGGGUGUUGGGAUCUAACGAUGGCCCGAAUGCGAACGGCGAACGAAGACUCAGUUCCAUGCUUGGUGAGCAGAAGAACCGCGAUGGGCCAGGCAGGCGGUAUAGGGUGUUUGAGGCGGCGCCGCAGGAUUCGAGGGGCAUGCCGGCGAAGAAACCGGUGGCGGAUUACUUUCUGUAGAAUGAGGGCACCGAGGGGAAGAUUGUGGAUGGUGAGGAAGAGGUAUAUCACAGGAUGGAUGACCAGGUCAGACAGGCGGGACGUAUGAGGGAGGUGGCGACGGUGGAUUGGCCGUCGAGACCGGAGUACGACCAGAACGCAGUCAAGUAAAUUCUUUGAUGGUUGGCGAGCGGUCAGCGUUAGGCAUAGAGUUUUGUAGAUAUGGAUACCCAAAACAUGAGUUCAAUUGUAGGAGAUG